GGUCGAGAGCACUGUAAGAAAGCUUUUCAUUUAUAUAUGCCUUCAUCAAGGGCAUACCUAGCCACCCAGUGCCAGAGAUCUUCUUUACUUCAAUUUCAAGUUCUUAUACUUAUUCAAUUCAAUCAAACACUUUGCAAAGAAUUCAAACAUGGGGAUUCGCUUGCCCAGGAUUGUUAGUGCUAAGCAAAUUCUACGACGGAUUCUUUUGUCACAAGAGACAACUGAUGUGCCUAAAGGCCACUUUGCUGUUUAUGUUGGAGAAAAUCAGAAGAGAUUUGCUGUUCCAAUAUCAUAUUUGAAGCAUGCUUCAUUUCAGAACCUGCUAAGUCAAGCUGAAGAAGAGUUUGGGUUUCAUCAUCCUAUGGGUGGCCUCACUAUCCCAUGUAGUGAACAAGUCUUCGCUGAUAUGAUUUUCAGUUUGUAGACCUUAUCAAGAAAUGCUGUAAAGGAUGUUACAUAAUGAGGAUAUAAUAUAGUGUAGAAGAUAUUCGCUAUCUAACAAUACUAAUCUAUGUAUCAAUUUUGGAUUGACAAAUGAAAGUAAAUAUGUUUGAAUUA